AUGCAAGAUUUGAGAAGAAGACCUAAAGUCGUACAACACGUUCCCGUCGGGGACUAUGAUGCCUGCGCUACGGCCUAUGAAAACAUCAGAAAGAACUGGCCUGCAGUAAUGUUUGUUCUCCAUAUUCUUCCUGAAAAGAACGCUCGUGAAUAUGAAUGGAUGCGUACACUCAGUUCAAUUCAUGGUUUCGUUCGGCAAGGUGUACUACUUGAAAACGCCCUAGACAGAUUCGCCAGCGUCGCUAAGUUGGGGAACGAUCCUAGCGAAGUGUUCGCUAAUGUUGCACAAUGGAUUGCAAGAGCUACCAGCAAACUUUGUCUCGAUAAAGACCCUAUGUAUAAACCAUAUGAUCUCCGUGUCGGUUCACGUAAUGCUAUGUCACUCAAUGUUAAAAUUGACCAAGAUGCUAUGCAAACUGCUGUAAACACCGUUUUAUCUGGAUCACCAGACUUGCUGCCGUUACAUCGUGAAGAAUCUGCUGUACAUGUCACUGGAUUCCCAUCUUCACUCAACGAGUUUGGCGUAGCCCAACUGUUCCAUGGACUGAAAGUCACAGGAGUGGUAUUGAAUGCUGAUCGAGCUACAGUCACGUUCGCCACGAAGUUCCUAGCAUAUCAGGCGUGCUCGUUGCAUGGUAAGAAACUUGAUCGUUUUCACACACUCCGCGUGGAACCAAUUUCACCGGAGGUUAAAGAGCAGCUUUUGUUGAACGAAGCCGAGUUGUGA